GCUUCCUUUGGUCUAACAUAUCCAAAAACAGCAAAAUAAAAACCAUAAAGAAAACUUUCCCCUCUCCCUCCAAUGGCAGUUAAUCAAGCAUUGUCCAUGGCCUUGGCCACUCUUCUACUAAUCAUGCUACACAAUCAAGUCACCGCCGCCGACUACGGCGGCUGGCAGAACGGUCACGCCACCUUCUACGGCGGCGGGGAUGCGUCAGGCACAAUGGGAGGGGCAUGUGGGUACGGGAACUUGUACAGCCAAGGCUACGGGACCAAAACAGCAGCUCUAAGCACGGCACUGUUCAACAAUGGAUUUAGCUGUGGAGCUUGUUAUGAAAUGAAAUGUAACAAUGACCCAAGGUGGUGCCUCGCCGGAACCAUCACCGUCACCGCCACCAACUUCUGCCCCCCAAACUUUGCUCUGUCCAACGACAACGGUGGCUGGUGUAAUCCUCCGCUCCAGCACUUCGAUUUGGCCGAGCCUGCUUUCCUUCAAAUUGCUCAGUACCGUGCUGGAAUUGUGCCAGUUGUAUUCAGAAGGGUGCCUUGUGCGAAGAAAGGAGGAAUAAGAUUCACAAUCAACGGUCACUCUUACUUCAACCUGGUUUUGAUCACCAACGUGGGCGGCGCAGGGGACGUUCAUGCGGUCUCAAUCAAGGGCUCGAAAACAGGGUGGCAAGCCAUGUCCAGAAACUGGGGCCAGAAUUGGCAAAGCAACUCCUACCUCAAUGGCCAGGAUCUCUCCUUUCAAGUCACCACCAGUGACGGAAGAACCGUCACAGCCUAUAACGUGGCGCACUCUGGUUGGCAGUUUGGUCAGACAUUCGAGGGCCCUCAGUUUUAAUAAAUUCUCAUUGGCUCAAUUACUUAAAAUGACAAACAAAAAAAUUGUAUAAUCAAAAUUAUAUAUAUUUAUAUAAUAUGUACUGUAAUAAUCUGCUUCUUCUUUGAUUCUGAGAGUUUCUGGCUAAAGACUGUGGUGGCUAAAUAGCACCCGCUAUGCCCUUUUGUGAUACAGUUUUUGAGAAGUGUUAAUUUAUUACCUAAUUCGGGUAAAUAUCAAACUUCUCACUCGUAUCCUUUGAUGAUUUAUAAUAACAUCACAAAUCUAUAUUUCAUAAA